CUGAGAAAGUACCGUGUUUCUAGGCUGCCUCUUAUAUAUGGCAAUCUAUUGGUUAUUAGUUAUUUUUAGUUAUUAUAUUCAUAGAACAAAACUUAUAAGUAGCUUUCAACAAAAUUCAACAUAAUCCGUGAAAAUGGGAGCUCUAGCUGAACGUGUGAUAGUCGGUGCUCUGCUUUGUAUGCUUGUUCCGAUUACCUUGUCCACAGAAGACUAUACGGAGGAUGAGGAGAUGAUUAUCUCUCUAAUUCGCCAGGAUGAUAGCCAACCGGAGUCUGGAGGCGAGCCGUCCGCAGACUUCUACAGGUGUAAUAAGGACGCAUGGCGAAUGCCUGGUCAGUACAUAGUCGUGUUGCGAGGGGGAACACACGACAACCAUGUGGACCGCACCAUCCGCAGGCUGCAAGUGAAAGCAGCUAAACGCGGUUAUCUGAUAGAAGUGGUCCAAAAGUACGCUGGAGCUUUCCACGGCUUUUUGGUGAAGAUGAGCAGCGAUGUUCUACAACUGGCAGUGAAGUUGCCACACGUGAAGUACAUAGAGGAGGACUCUUCUGUAUAUGCUCAGGCUGUACCCUGGAAUCUGGACCGCAUCGUACGGAUUAAGCACGAAACUGGAAAAUACACACCACCAAAUGAUGGUUCCCAGGUGGCAGUGUUCCUCCUAGACACUAGCAUCCAGCUGAACCACCGUGAAGUCGACGGCCGAGUGCAAGUCACCGACUUCAACAGUGUUCCAGACGAGGAUGGUGUUCGGUUCCACAGACAGGCCAGUCAGUGCGACAGUCAUGGCACUCACAUCGCAGGCGUGGUGAGUGGGCGGGAUUCGGGCGUGGCCCGGGGCGCGAGCGUGAACAGCGUGCGGGUGCUGAACUGCCAGGGCAAAGGCACCGUCUCUGGAGCGCUGGCAGCUCUGGAGUACGUGCGAGCGUCCCUGGCGGUCCAACCGCUGAGCCCGCUGGUGGUGCUGCUCCCGUUCUUGGGGGGGUUCAGCCGCACCCUCAACACCGCCUGCAGGGACAUGGUGCAGUCCGGGGCCGUGCUUAUCGCGGCAGCCGGGAACUACCAGGACGACGCCUGCCGCUACUCACCGGCAUCGGAACCAGAGGUGAUUACAGUGGGAGCCACCAACCAUGCUGACCAGCCUCUGACCACGGGCACGACGGGCACCAACUAUGGCCGCUGCGUGGACCUGUUUGCCCCUGGCGACGACAUCGUGAGUGCCUCCAGUGACUGCCCCACGUGUUUCACCACCAAGAGUGGCACCUCUCAGGCUGCCGCACAUGUAGCUGGCAUCGCAGCGGUGAUCCUGAGCUCAAGGCCCAAUGCAACGUCCGCUGAGGUCCUGCAGUUGCUGCUCAGGCACUCGGUCAAGCAGGCCAUCAACCCAGAGGGCUUCCCUCAAAAUCACCGCCUCGCCACACCCAACAUGGUCGCCUCUCUGCCCAGUCCAGACUCUACCCUCACGGGGGAGGAUCUGCUGUGCCGAACAGUGUGGUCAGAGAUGUCGGGCACCUUGGCGUUGGACACGGCGGUAACAAGAUGCCGCCAAGGAGAGGAGCUCUUCAGCUGCUCCAGCUAUUCCCCGGGCGGAACUCGAGCCGGAGACAAAAUAGAGGAGCGGGAUGGUGUAAAGGAGUGUGUCGCCACCAACAGUUUCGGGGGGCAGGGAGUGUACGCCGUCGCCCGCUGCUGCACGUGGAGCCCCGUGCAGUGCCAGGUCCGUGCCAGCGAGCAGACGGGCGCCGAAGCGUCCUGCGCCAACGCUGAGCACCAGCUCACAGGCUGCAGUACCCAUUCAGAGUCAGGCACUGUGCUGGAUGCUGGGCGGCCUCUCCAUGGCGACCAAAAGGCGUGUCCUGCAGGGGAGGGGCUGAUGGCAUAUGCCUCUUGCUGUCACGCCCCCGACUUGGAGUGUCAUCUAAAAGAGCACGAUCCCACUGACUUCACUGAGCAGGUGGAGGUGUCGUGUGAAGACUCCUGGACGCUGACCGGCUGCACUGGCCACUCCCACGGCUCACCCACCCACGGCUCCUUCAGCAGAGCCAACACCUGUGUGGUGCGCAGCUCGGCAGGAGGAGGAGGAGGAGGAGGAGGAGGAGGAGGAGGAAGAGGAGGAGGAGGAGGAGGCCAGGGGUCCACCGCUGCCCUGGCCAUCUGCUGUCGGAACGGCCAGAGCAAGCAGCAGGAGGCGCAGCUGCAGACCAACCAGAGCAGUCAGAAAUGAGAACGUCUGUCUGCCCGCCGUCUGGUCAGAUACGUGCUAUAUACACUCACGCCAUUAACUGCUCCUGGGGGGUAUUCCAAGAACGUAGUUUAGUGACAAAUCUGGGUAAGUGGUAAAUCUCCUAAUAGAAGAGCUGUAUGGCUUCACACUCCUAACAAAACAAUGCUAUUCAGCUGUUGUAGGAGGUUUACCACUUACUCUGUUAACUUACCUAGGUUUCUUACUAAACCACGUACUUGGAAUACCCCCGUCUUCACACGCUUUCUCUGUGGUGCCGUUUCUACACCAGGAGGGUAGGCUACUGGUCGACGUUGCAUGUGGACAGACAGGAAUAUUUAUCAUCAUUAGGGCACACAGAAUAUAGAGAAGAUUUGUUAUGACCUCAAGGUUUUCAAAGUGAAACAUGAAGGAAAAAUGUCAUUGAAUGUAUUGCUAUUGCCAAAUUUUACAUAGAAAGGUAGAUACAGUAUAUUCCUAAGCUUUUUAUAUGUGAAGUGGUCACCUAGCUUUAAAUUCUUGACCUACCUAAUGCUUGUGGUUCAGUGAGAGCACAUUCCACCAUCAGGCAAAUGAGCUCAAUGAUUCUGGUUAGUUAUAUGAAUGCUGCUUUAUGUUUAGAUUUUUUUGUAGUUAAAUCAUAUACAGUAUGCAUGCAAUGGAAUGCUUAGCCUAAGUGAAAAUGUAUUUUCCUAACUGUGUAUACAGUAUAUAUGCACACACACACACACACAAACACAUCCUUGUACAUUAAAACUGUUUUCUUAAAUGGUCUCAUGCCCAAAAUGACAUCAACGAAAAUAAAAACUCUGUGUAUAAAA